GUGAGAUAGUUUGGUUUUUAACAGUAUUUUCACUUUCUAGAAGUUAAGGCGGAGUUAUUUUUUUUUCUUCUUUUUCUAAUGGAUAAUAACGAUGAGAUAAUGCUGGCGGAGAUGACGCCGAAGAGGCGUGCGGGAAGGAGAGUGUUCAAGGAGACACGUCACCCAGUUUACAGAGGAAUACGGCGGAGGAACGGCGACAAAUGGGUCUGCGAAGUCCGAGAGCCGAUUCACCAACGCCGCAUUUGGCUCGGGACCUAUCCCACGGCCGAUAUGGCGGCGCGAGCUCACGACGUGGCGGCUCUUGCUCUGCGCGGGAGAUCCGCGUGUUUGAAUUUCGCCGACUCCGCAUGGCGGCUACCGGCGCCGGAAUCAACCGAUCCCGAUGUCAUCAGGAGAGUCGCGGCGGAAGCGGCGGAGAUGUUCAGGCCAACGGAAUACGAUAGUGGAAUUACGGUUCUGCCCUCUUACGGCGAUGAGGUGGACAUGGGUUUCGGUUCUGGUUCGGGAUCGGAGGAGAGGAAUUUGUAUGGAUAUGUGGAACAGGGAGAGGAAGAAGUUUCGACGACGAUGAUGAGGCUCGCGACGGAGCCGUUGAUGUCGCCGCCGCGAUCGUACAUGGAAGGCAUGACUUCUAGUUCUUACAUGGAAGAAGAGAUGUCUUACCAAGAUAUGUCACUGUGGAGUUACAACUACUAAGCGGGACGUAUACGCAUAUAUUUAAAUA